ACGCGCCGCGGUGUGUUGGAGUGCGCAUGCGCAGGAAGUAGUAUGAGCGCUGAGCGGAUGUUCGUCCGUCCUUUCUACCCCGAUCUGCCAUCAUGGUGUUCAAGCGCUUCGUAGAAAUUGGCCGCGUCGCCUACGUUGGCUUCGGACCUCACGAGGGAAAGUUGGUGGCGAUCGUAGAUGUCAUCGACCAAAAUAGGGCACUGGUGGAUGGUCCCUGCACUGGUGUGAAGAGGCAGUCAAUGCCAUUCAAGUGCAUGCAGCUCACCGACUACGUCAUCAAAAUCCCACACAGUGCUCGCCAGAAGUUUGUGAGGCGUGCCUGGGAGAAGGCUGAGGUCAACAAGAAAUGGUCCGAGAGCAGCUGGGCCAAGAAGAUCGAAGCCAGACAAAGGAGAGCCAAGAUGACCGACUUUGACCGCUUCAAGGUCAUGAAGGCCAAGAAAAUGAGGAACAAGAUCAUCAAGCAGGAGGUUAAGAAGCUCCAGAAAGCUGCUUCAGCAGCUGCUGCAAAAAAGGCCUGAAUGCUCUUUAAUAAAUCUGUUUGACUUGUUCA